ACGGGAGCUGACCAGUUCUGGACGGCGUGAGAGAAGCGUUUGAUAACCUACUGAAUAGCGUACCUGUUUCAUCAGAACUCGGCAUAACACCCCGAAGAAGUCCCAAGGGUCCAAGUUAAUCACCUACCUCUACUGGUUCUGCAGGAACAAGCCAGUGGGUAUGCGUUUUUGAAAAUCCGAAUUAUGGUAAUAGUAUACGGAGACAUCCAUGUUUUAACCUAGAUUGACCUAGAACUACACCGGCAUCGCAAAGACGCACCAUUCGUGUUUGUGAUAGCGAGUUGACCAGUUGCAAGUGUCGUCGGAAUUCGCCGAAGCGACCUCCCGUCAAAAUAUUCCAGUUAAUAUUUUUCACCGUGGCUGCCACUACAGAACGCCAGUGCCAAGGGCUGUCACGUGGAUAUAAAAUUAUUUCAAGAAAUAUUUGUGUGCCUUUACCUGGUUGUCUUUUCUGCACAACCUACUUGGACACUGUACAAGCAUCUGGACACUUAUCUAAGUGCCACACUGAAUUCUGCACAGAGUUUUCCAGCACAUGAUGUACACAAUUACAAGGGGUCCCAGCAAACUUGUUACGCAGAGGAGAACAGGUCCAACACAACAGAUUGACAACAAAAUAAACGACUUUAAGCACAAACAAACAUCUUGGACAGCGGCAAGCUCCCCAGCACCCAAGAUUGUUUUUAAUGGAUUAAAUAAGAAGAAACACCAGCUACCAGUUACACCACAGCCUGAUGCCCAGGCUGAGGGAUUCACCCCUUCUCACGAGGAGAAUGUCAAGUUUGUGUAUGAAGCAUGGCAGGAGGUUGAACAGCAGCUGGGAGAGCCAGCAGCUGUGGGGGACAGCGAAGAGGCAGAGGCAGGUCUGGGACCUGUGCAGUACACGGAGAACGCUCCCAACCCCCAACUGAAGAAUUUCGUGCCCAUUGAUCUGGAAGAGUGGUGGGCUCAGCGUUUCCUAGCCAACAUCGCCAACCUCUCGUGAUUGGCUGAGAGGAAGGACGAGGAUGAGGAAGAGGAAGAGGAGGCGGUCAGUCAGUCAGUCAGUGAGGAGGAGCCACGGUGACUCCCAGACUGUGGUGUGUGGGUUUGAGACGGAGUGCCCACGAAGAGGAAAGGAGGGGGAGACGAGCACGGCACAGAGGAAUGUUGGAGUAUAGGCUUUUUGUUUUAGGAAGAAGCUCUAGGCCACCAGUGGAACUAUUGCGUAUUUGCCACUACUACAUGCUGAACUCUGUCCCCUUUUUAGCUUUCAAAACUCUAGUUUCUCAACACUAACCACUGUCCUUUGAGCCAGCCAGCCAGCCAGCAGGAAAAAAAGGGUUGAUGAACGUUUUAUUUUUUUGUUUUUUUGUUUUGUUUUGUUUUUUUAACUGUUUCGGGUCUCUUGUCAAUCCCACACUGUGCUGAGAUGAAAUGUCUGUAUUACUUUGAAAUGCAGUAAAUGUGUAUUUUCAAAA